CCACCCUCCUGAGCCUCCAUGGGGCUGCCACUAGCUCGCCUGGUGGCUGUGUGCCUAGUCCUGGCCUUAGCCAGGGGCUUGGAGCUCCAGAAAGAAGCCAUAUCCCGAAACCAUGUCUGCAGCACCUGGGGCAACUUCCACUACAAAACCUUUGACGGCGAUGUCUUCCGAUUCCCUGGCCUCUGUGAUUACAACUUUGCCUCUGACUGCCGAGACUCCUACAAGGAAUUUGCUGUGCACCUGAAGUGGGGCUUGGGCCAGGCUGGGGGUCACCCCCAGAUAGAGUUCAUCAUCAUUACCAUUAAGGACGACACCAUCUACCUCACCCACAAGCUGGCUGUGGUGAACGGGGCCAUGGUCAGCACCCCACACUACAGCUCUGGGCUCCUCAUUGAGAAGAAUGAUGCCUACACCAAGGUCUACUCCCGUGCUGGUCUCUCCCUCAUGUGGAACCGUGAAGAUGCACUCAUGCUAGAACUAGACAGCCGGUUCCAGAACCACACCUGUGGUCUCUGCGGGGACUUCAAUGGCAUGCAGACCUAUUAUGAGUUCCUCAAAGAAGGCAUACACUACAGUGCCAUUGAAUUUGGGAACAUGCAGAAGAUCAACAAGCCUGAGGAUGAAUGCGAGGACCCCGAGGUGGUGCAAGAGCCAGAGUCUUGCUCUGAGCAUCGAGCCGAGUGUGAGAGGCUGCUGACCUCCACAGCCUUCGAGGACUGCCAGGCCCGGGUGCCCGUGGAGUUGUAUGUGCGCGCCUGCAUGCAGGACCGUUGCGCGUGUCCUCAGGAUGGUGCCUGCGAGUGCAACACCCUUGCUGAGUUCUCCCGCCAGUGCUCCCACGCAGGGGGCCGACCUGAGAACUGGAGGACUGCCUCACUCUGCCCCAAGAAAUGCCCUGAUAACAUGGUAUACCUGGAGAGCAGCUCGCCCUGCAUGGACACCUGCUCACAUCUGGAGGUCAGCAGUUUGUGUGAGGAACACUACAUGGAUGGCUGCUUCUGCCCAGAAGGCACUGUGUAUGAUGACAUCACGGGCAAGGGCUGCGUCCCUGUGAGCCAGUGCCACUGCAAGCUGCAUGGGUACCUCUAUCUGCCAGGCCAGGAGAUUACCAAUAACUGUGAGAAGUGUGUCUGCAAUGCUGGUCGCUGGUUGUGUGAAGAACUGGAAUGCCCUCAGACCUGUGCCCUAGAAGGUGGCUCCCACAUCACCACCUUUGAUGGAAAAAAGUUUACCUUUCACGGGGACUGCUACUAUGUCUUGACCAAGGGCCAGCACAAUGACUCCUAUGCCCUCCUGGGUGAGCUGGCCCCCUGCGGCUCUACAGACAAGCAGACCUGCCUGAAGACUGUCCUGCUGCUGACUGACAACAAGAAGAACGUGGUGGCCUUCAAAUCAGGUGGCAGUGUGUUACUCAAUGACCUGGAGGUGACUCUGCCCCAUGUGGCAGCAAGCUUCUCCAUCUUUCAACCGUCUUCCUACCACAUUGUUGUGAACACGAGAUUCGGACUGCGGCUACAGAUUCAACUGGUCCCAGUCAUGCAGCUUUUUGUGACUCUGGACCAGUCUGCCCAGGGACAGGUGCAGGGGCUCUGUGGAAACUUCAACGGCCUGGAAAGUGAUGACUUCAUGACGUCUGGUGGGCUGGUGGAGGCCACGGGUGCUGGCUUCGCCAAUACCUGGAAGGCCCAGUCAAGCUGCCAUGACAAGUUAGACUGGCUAGAUGACCCCUGUUCCCUCAACAUUGAGAGCGCCAAUUAUGCUGAGCACUGGUGUUCCCUUCUGAAGAAGUCAGAGACCCCUUUUGCCAGGUGCCACCUGGCUGUGGAUCCCACUGACUACUACAAGAGGUGCAAAUACGACACGUGCAACUGUCAGAACAAUGAGGACUGCAUGUGCGCAGCUCUGUCUUCCUAUGCCCAGGCCUGUGCUGCCAAGGGGGUCAUGCUGUGGGGCUGGCGGGAACGCGUCUGCAACAAAGAUGUGGACGCUUGCCCCAGCUCACAGAUCUUCCUGUACAACCUGACCACUUGCCAGCAGACCUGCCGCUCCCUCUCAGAGGGUGACGCUCACUGCCUCAAGGGAUUUGCACCUGUGGAAGGCUGUGGCUGCCCUGACCAUACCUUCAUGGAUGAGAAAGGCCGCUGUGUGCCCUUGGCUAAGUGCUCCUGCUACCACUACGGUCUUUAUCUGGAGGCAGGGGAAGUGAUCCUGAGGCAAGGGGAGCGCUGCAUUUGCCGGAAUGGGAGGCUGCAAUGCACCCAGGUCAAACUGCUUGGCCACACCUGUAAGUCCCCCAAAAUCCUUGUGGAUUGCAACAACUUGACUGCUCUGGCCACCCGGAAACCCCGCCCCACAAGCUGCCAGACACUGGUGGCUGGCUAUUACCAUACAGAAUGUGUCAGCGGCUGUGUGUGUCCCGAUGGGAAGCUGGAUGAUGGCAAUGGUACAUGUGUGGUGGAGGAGGAGUGUCCUUGCAUCCACAACAAAGACCUAUACAAACCUGGGUCCGAGAUCAAACUGGACUGUAACAACACCUGUACUUGCCAGAAAGGACGCUGGGAGUGCACCCGCUAUGCAUGCCACAGCACCUGCUCCAUCUAUGGGAGUGGCCACUACAUCACCUUCGAUGGGAAGCACUAUGACUUUGAUGGACAUUGCUCCUAUGUGGCUGUUCAGGACUACUGUGGCCAGAACUCUACUGGCUCCUUCAGCAUUAUCACUGAGAAUGUCCCCUGCGGCACCACAGGUGUUACCUGCUCCAAGGCCAUAAAGAUAUUUAUAGGGGGAACAGAGCUGAAGCUGAUGGAUAAACACCGUGUGGUGAGGCAUUUGGAAAAGAGGCACCAUGUGCCCUACAUCGCACGGGAAGUGGGCCUGUACCUGGUGGUGGAGGCCAGCCCUGGCAUUAUCGUUAUCUGGGACAAGAGGACCACCAUCUUCAUUAAGCUGGCUCCUUCUUACAAGGGCACUGUAUGCGGUCUGUGUGGGAACUUUGAUGACCAGACCAAGAAUGACUUCACCACUCGGGACCAUAUGGUGGUGACCAGUGAGCUGGACUUUGGAAAUAGCUGGAAGGAAGCUUCCACGUGCCCAGAUGUGAACCACACCCCAGACCCCUGCACCCUAAACCCACACCGUCGCUCCUGGGCAGAGAAGCAAUGCAGCAUUAUCAAGAGUGUUGUAUUCAAAGGGUGCCACAGCAAGGUGGACCCCACCGUCUUCUACGAGGCCUGUGUGCACGACUCCUGCUCCUGCGACACGGGCGGUGACUGCGAGUGUUUCUGCUCCGCGGUGGCCUCCUAUGCUCAAGAAUGCACCAAGGCAGGGGCCUGCGUGUUCUGGAGGAGGCCGGAUCUAUGCCCUGUAUUCUGUGAUUACUACAACCUCCCAAAUGAGUGCACAUGGCACUAUGAACCAUGUGGGAACAACAGCUUUGAGACCUGCAGGACCAUCAACGGCAUCCACUCCAACAUCUCUGUGUUCUACCUGGAGGGUUGCUACCCUCGGUGCCCUGAGGACAAGCCCAUAUAUGAUGAAAACAAAAAGAGAUGUGUCACUGAGGACCAGUGUGGCUGCUAUAUUGAUGGCAUUCACUACCCACCCAAUUCGUCUAUUCCCACUGAGGAUAUCUGCAAGUCUUGUAUGUGCAACACCACUUCAAAAAUCGACUGCCGUCCAGAUGAAGGAAAGAUUGUUAACCAGACUCAGGAUGGUAUCUUCUGCUACUGGGAGAUCUGCGACUCCAAUGGGACAAUAAAACAACACUUGAAUAUUUGUGUCUCCUCCACGGAAUCCCCAACCACCUUGACAAGCUUCACCACAAUCUCUACCCCUAUUCCCACCUCCACCACCACCACCACCACAACCACUGCCACUGCCCCCACCAUUACCGCGACCGCCACUGCCCCCACCCCAGGCACGACGACUAGCACUGAAGUACCAUGCUGCUGGACUGAUUGGAUCAACAAUAACCAUCCUAGUGAAGGCAGUGAUGGUGGUGAGCGAGAGACCUUCGACAGUGUCUGUAGUGAUCCUGUGGACAUUGAGUGCAGGUCAGCAACAGAUCCCACACUCAGCUGGCAGGAACUGGACCAGAAGGUACAGUGUAAUGUUUCAUUUGGGCUCAUUUGCAAAAACGAAGACCAGUAUGGAAACGGAGUAUUUGAACUUUGUUAUGACUAUGAGAUACGAGUCAAGUGUUGCUCUCCAGAUGUGACCUGUUCUACUUCAACCCCCACAACUUCACCAACAACCUCACCCACAACUUCACCAACCAUUUCAUCUAGUGCUACACCAGUGACUUCAUUUACCACUUCACAGACAUCUUCACCAACCACCUCUGUUACAACUUCACCAACUCCUUCACUAGGCACCUCAACUGCCACAUCACCAAGCACCUCAUCUACCAUUUUAUCAACCUUGUCUACCCUGUCCUCCUCCUUCUCCUCCUCCUCCUCCUCCUCCUCCACCACCACCACCACCACCACCACCACCACCACAACCACUCCAUGCGAGUGCACAUGCGAGUGCGAGUGGACUGACUGGAAGGAUUCUGGCAAACCCACCUAUGAUAAAAACAGUGGAGAUUUUGAACUGAUUGGAGAUGCCUGUAAACCAGGCUGGGAGGCAGCUAACAUCUCCUGCAGAGCUGUGAUGUAUAACAACAAACCACUUGAUCAGCUAGGACAGAAAGUCACUUGUGAUACAAAAGUUGGGCUAGUGUGCAGAAAUUCAGAACAGGAAAUAGGAGGGUUAAUCCCAAUGCGCAUGUGUCUCAACUAUGAGAUCAGUGUUCAGUGCUGUAGUUGCUGUGAUCCAAAAUGCUCCACUACACCAACUACAACCACUACUACAAUGACUACUAUCCCAACAUCUACCAAAACAGUGACUCCAUCCACACCAUCUACUACCACAGAGACCCCAACCCCAACCUCUACUACCACACAGACCACAACACCAACAUCAACCGUAGAAACUUCCACACCCAGAUAUACAACAACAGAGACAAGACCAAAACAAACUACGACAGUGACUCCAAUCCAAACAUCUACCACAAUAGAGACAUCAACAAUAGAGAGAUCUACUCCAACAUCUACCACUACUCAGACAUCAAGCGCCACACACACUACAACAGUGACCUCAACCCUGUCACCUACCACCCCAGUAACCGCAACUCCAAUAUCGACUGCAACACAUACCACAACACCCAGGCCUACUACAACAUUUAGCUCCAAUCCAACAUCUACCACCUCAGAGACAUCAACCCCAACACCAAUGACCACAGUGAUUUCAACUCCAACACCUAACACUUCAGAAACAUCAACUACAAUAAGACCACCCUCCACAUCCACCCCUACGUCCUUCACUGUGUCAGGAUCCACCACGGAAACCACACCAACUACUUUGGAGACCACCAGGACCUCUUCUUGGGGCACAAUCUCCUCAGUCUCCCCAAUCACCUCUCCCAUCACUGACUGGACCAGUGUUGGCACCUUGGUUACCUGCUGUGUUUUGAAUGACACGUACUACGGCCCAGGUGAACUGGUCUACAACAAAACCUAUGGGGACACUUGUUAUUAUGUGUACUGCUCUGUGAACUGCACAAUUGAAUUCUUCAAUUCGUCCUGUCCAUCUACUCCCUCAACUUCUACACCAUCAACACCAACGUCCUCCCUGACGACCACACCCUCCACACCAUCUACCACAUCUUCAAAGUCUACACCCUCCACACCCACCACACCAAAAUCCACAUCAUCCAAGUCAACAACCAGUACACCAACCACAACCUCCACCCCUGGGUGGUGCCUCGACUUUGAUCCUCCUAGACAGGAGAAUGAGACCUGGUGGCUAUGUAACUGUACCAUGGCCAUUUGCAAACAUGACAACGUAGUGGAGCUUGUGGAGCGGAAGUGCGACCCCCCACCCAUGCCCACCUGUUCCAAUGGCCUGAAGCCUGUGCGUGUCAUUGACCCUGAUGGCUGCUGCUGGCACUGGGAGUGUGACUGCUACUGCACCGGCUGGGGGGACCCUCACUUUGUCACCUUCGAUGGGCUCUACUACAGUUACCAGGGUAACUGCUCCUAUGUGCUGAUGGAGGAGAUUAUCCCCACGGUGGACAACUUUGGGGUCUACAUUGACAACUACCAUUGUGAUGACAGUGACGUGGUAUCCUGCCCCCGCACACUAAUUGUGCGUCAUGAGACCCAGGAAGUGCAGAUCAGGACUUUGCAAUUGAUGCCCAUCGUGGUGCAGGUACAGGUGAACAAGCAGGUAGUGGCUCUGCCCUACCAGAAGUUUGGGCUGCAGGUAUAUGAAUCUGGCAUCAACUAUGUGGUGGACAUCCCCAGGCUGGAAGCUCAGAUCACCUACAAUGGCCUGUCUUUCUCCAUCCGGCUGCCCUACCACCUGUUUGGCAACAACACAAAGGGCCAGUGUGGCACCUGCACCAACGAUACCGCAGAUGACUGCAUCCUACCCAGCGGGGAGAUCAUCUCCGACUGUGAGGUUGCUGCUGACGAGUGGUUGGUGAACGACCCCUCCAAGCCACACUGUCCCCACAGCAGCUUCACCACCAAGCGCCCAGCCAUCACGACAGCAGGGUUCUCGCCACCCGAGAACUGCACUGUGUCUCCUAUCUGCGAGCUCAUCAAGGGCAGUCUGUUCUCUGAGUGCCACCCCUUCGUGCCUCCCAAGCACUACUAUGAAGCCUGCCUGUUUGAUAGCUGCUUUGUGCCUAACUCUAAUUUGGAGUGUGCCAGUGUACAGGCCUAUGCAGCCCUCUGUGCCAAGGAAGGUACCUGCAUUGACUGGCGGAACCAUACUCAGGGGGCCUGCUCUGUGGAGUGUCCAGCCCACAAGGAGUACCAGGCCUGUGGCCCUGCAGAAGAACCCACUUGCCAGUCCAGCUCCUUGCAGAAUUCCACAAUCUUGGUGGAAGGCUGCUUCUGUUCUGAAGGCACCACGAAGUUUUCCCCUGCCAUUGAUGUCUGUGUGAAGACUUGUGGCUGUGUGGGACCCGACAAUGUGCCCAGAGAGUUUGGAGAGCACUUUGAGUUUGACUGCAAGGAGUGUGUUUGCCUAGAGGGUGGAAGUGGCAUUGUCUGCUCUCCAAAGAAAUGUGCUGGGGAGAACCUGACCACAUGCGAGGAGGAUGGCACCUACCUUGUGGAAGAGAUCGACCCAGCAGACACGUGCUGCAACAUCACCUCAUGUAAGUGUGACACCAAACUCUGCAAAGAAGAACCCCCGUCUUGCUCGCUGGGAUUCGAAGUCAAGAGCGAGAGUGUUUCUGGAAAAUGCUGUCCAGAUUACUCCUGUGUACCCAAGGGUGUGUGUGUGCACGAGAAUGCUGAAUACCAGCCUGGAUCUCCAGUGUACUCCACCAAGUGCCAGGACUGUGUGUGCACCAACUCCACGGACAACGUCACCCAGGUCAACUACAUCUCCUGUACGCAUGUGCCCUGCAGCAGCUCCUGCAGCCCUGGCUUUGAGCCUGUGGAAGUCCCUGGGGAGUGCUGCAAGAAAUGCCAGCAGACUCACUGCAUCAUUGAGAGGCCAGGCCAGCAGUAUGUCAUCCUGAAGCCCGGGGACAUACAGAAAAACCCCAGCGACGACUGUACCUUCUUCAGCUGCUUGAAAAUCCACAACCAGCUCAUCUCCUCUGUCUCCAACAUCACUUGCCCCGACUUCAACCCCGAUGACUGUGUUCCGGACUCCAUCACGUACAUGCCAAAUGGCUGCUGUAAGACCUGUAUCCCUAAAAACCACACAGCAGCCCCUUGCUCUCUCAUCCGUGUCAAGAAAGAGAUUUCCUACAAUGGCUGCACCAAGAAUGUCUCCAUGAACUACUGUUCGGGCUCCUGUGGGACUUUCGCCAUGUACUCUGCCCAGGUCCAGGAUCUGGAUCACAGGUGCUCUUGCUGCAAGGAGGAGAGGACCAGUGAGCGCCAGGUGACCCUGGAAUGUCCAGAUGGCAGCGAGCUGAGCCAUACCUACACGCACAUUGAGAGCUGUCUGUGCCAGGACACCGUCUGUGCGCUCCCCCAGGCCCAGCAAGUCCGCGUCAGGCGUUCCAGUCCCCGACUUCUGGGAAGGAAGUGAAGGGGUUCUACCGUGUUCCUCCCUUCCCGUCUCGCACCACGCUGCUGACCCUCUGAGCUCCCUCCUCUUCUAGCUUGACUUCUUCUCUGCAGAUAUUUAUUUUCAGAGUUUCUGUUCCAUCCCUUGCUUUAUGAUAAUAAACUCAGGCAUAGCCAC